AGAAAAAAGAUGAGGUUUGAAAAAUGUAUAAACCAUAAAAUAGUUUCUUAAAAUGGUGGGGCUGAAUGAAACUAAAGGCAUAAUAGGUGGUUGAAUAAGGAAAGUCACAACCUCAGAUUUUUGCCAAUUUGAGUGUGUAAAUCACAAAACCCUUCUCAACAACUACUUGAGUAGUUUCUUUUCUUCUUUUGCUGCUGGUAGAGAAAUUAAUCAAAAUGGUGAGAGGAAAGACACAAAUGAAGCGUAUAGAGAAUGCUACAAGCAGACAAGUGACAUUCUCAAAGAGGCGUAAUGGUUUGUUGAAGAAAGCAUUUGAGCUAUCUGUUCUCUGUGAUGCUGAAGUUGCUCUUAUCAUCUUCUCUCCAAGAGGAAAACUUUAUGAAUUUUCAAGCUCCUGCAGCAUGCAGGACACAAUUGAACGCUACCGUAGGAAUACCAGGAGUGCUCAACCAAUGCAAAGAUCAGAUGAACAAAAUAUGCAGAAUUUGAAGCAUGAAACAGCAAGUUUGAUGAAGAAAAUUGAGCUUCUUGAAGCUUCGAAACGGAAACUCAUGGGAGAAGGUUUGGGGUCAUGCUCUUUGGAUGAACUACAACAGAUAGAACAGCAGUUGGAAAAGAGUGUUAGCGUUGUUCGAGCAAGAAAGAAUCAGGCAUACAAGCAUCAAAUUGACCAACUAAAAGAAAAGGAAAAAAACCUAGUUGCUGAAAAUGCCAGGCUCUCUAAGCAGCCCCCGCAGCCGCAGCCGCAGCCAACAACAAAGGAUCAUCAAAGAGAAGAUCAACAACCCUAUGCUGAAAGCAGUCCAAGCUCAGAUGUAGUGACUGAAUUGUUCAUUGGACUUCACAGGUCUAGUUGAAGAUAAUCAAACUAAUUAUGUAGUGUUUGUUUGGUUUUACAUUCCAAUGCAUUUAAAUGAACAUUUUGCAACUAAGCAACAAAAUCCUUCCUUUAUUGCAUUGGAAUUUGUCCUAUAUUUUUUAUAAAUAGAACAACAUAUCCUUAAUCCCUUGCUUAUUAUAUGUAUGCAAGUAUAAAGUAAGGGGGAAAAGCCCAAAUGUCUCUAAUGUAUAACUUUUAUGUUGAUCAAUGUUAUGCACCGGAUAUAUAUUGGCAUAAUUGUAGUCUA